AUGCCUAUCGGUCCUUCAAUGUACUUAAAGCCAAGAUCGCUACUACUCCGAUCUUACGGCACUUUGAUCCAGAUCGGAGAGCCACAGUCGAAUAACGACCAGAUCUACUACCCCGUGAUGUUUGCGAGCCGCACUCUGAAGUCAAAUGAGCUUAAUUAUGGCAUAGCGGAGAAAGAGGUGUUAGCCCUUCUGAGGAUCCUGGAUCUUAACUAUAAUGCGCUGGUCGGGCGUCCGAUCCGUGUGUUGACCCGACACUCUACUUUGGCGUUGCUCUUCAGAUCCAAAGCCUUGCAGGGACGUUUAGGUCAGUGGGCUGCUCUACCGUCGCCAUGGACGCUCGAGAUCACUAAGUUCGUCAAAGGGGAAGAUGAUACCCUGAGAGCAUUGGCGGCGAGCAUUACGUCUAGAUCACAGGUGGAUAAGGCGCUAAUUUCGAUUGCCCCUAAGAAGGAGCCACGGCGCAAGAUCCAGGCUCCGAUCCCCACUAUUAGACGCGACGAGAAUUUGUACGUCGUCAGUUUCGAUGGAUCCGCCCGUGUAAAGAGAGGUGGAGGCGCCUACAGCGCGAUCCUGUGGAAAUUGCCUGAAUGGAGAGUGCUAAAGGCCAGAUCUGGUUACGCUGAAGGACUAACAGUGAACGAAGCCGAAUAUCAUGGAUUGUUGUUGUGUUUGGAUCUGUUGGAAGAUCUGGAUCCACGACGUCUAGUGAUCUGUGGGGACCCGAACUUGGUGAUCCGACAAGUACGAGGUGAGAUCGAUUGUAAGGCACCGAGUUUGACACUGCUGCGCCAGCAGGCUCUGGGCCGACUA